AUGCCUACAAUUAUAGGUGCCAGCUGGUCUUCAUAUACACGAACAAUCUGUAUGGCUUUGAUUUAUCUAGGUGUCCCCUUCAAGCUUCAACAUGCAUACCCUCAUAGUAAGCUUGCCUAUGCUCAUCAUCCCUUUGGUCGCAUUCCAACAUUAAUACAUGGAACCCAUCGUGUGUUUGAGACGAUGGCUAUACGCGAAUAUAUUGAUACCGUCUUUUCGUCACAACUAACACCCAAGGACUUGGAAACAAGAGUAAAGAUGGCUCAGUGGAUCAGUGCAUUAAAUGACUAUGUAUUUCAUUAUAUUGUCGAAGAUGUAUGUAGGCGUCGAUUACUCAGUGAGGCAGCUGGUAAGAGUCAAGAUGAAAUUACAAAGCUUCUAGUGAGACCUAUCAAAAGGGCAAAGCCUAUCAUGGCUGAAUUAGAAGCGAUGACGCCAGAUGACGGUGACUACUUGUGUGGCCAGCAACUCACGUGGGCAGAUCUUUUUGUCUAUCCUGCUUUGGCGGUCAUCUUUGCUCUUCCUGAGGCAUCGAUCUUUAUAGAAAUAGCUCCCAAAUUAUCGACCUGGACUCGUAAAUUUGAAAAGAGAAAAGAAGCCAUAGAGACAUUUAAAGGAACCAUAGCUGAUGAUAGAAAUGCAAUGGCUAAAUUGUGA